AUGGACGUCAUUGAAUCGUUUCUAUUCGGUAAAUAUUAUGAGGAUGCAGACGUGUACGCAGGAUGGGUGGAUGAAGAUAAGAAAGUUGUUUGUACGACGUGCCUGAAACCGAUAUCGGGUGCCGCUUUUUAUUACGGGGGUAGAGAGCUGUUCUUUCACAUAUCAUGCCUCAAUGCACCCGCCAAAGACAAAGACCUUAUGUUACACUUCGGCCAGAAGAAGCAUGGUGGCAUGAUGUUCACAGAAGAAGUGAAAAAUGAAGGCAAGGAGGACUUUGUUUGCUUCGGGUGCGAGAAGCCAGUAUUUGGUCCCGGAUACAAAUGCUCCACCUCCUCUCAAUGCAAUUUGGCCCUCCAUCAAUCAUGCGGGGAUCUGCCUCCCGAGAUACAACAACACCCCUUCCACUCAAACCACACCCUUGUUCUUGAGGAGUGGUCAAAGAAAAUAUAUUGUAAUGCUUGCGGUAAAAAUUGCGAUGCAUACCCCUUCUACAAUUGCAAUGAGUGCAAUUUCAAUCUUGAUUUCGUAUGUGCUACCCGCCCGCGAAUUAUUAAUAUUCAGGAUUGCCAGCAUGCAUUCAACUACUUCUAUAGUCAGAUUCAAUUCACUUGUCAAGCUUGUGGUGAAGAAGGCAAGGAGUUAGCCUCGCAAUGUAGCAUCUGUCAACUCUUAAUUCACGGCGAAUGUGUUCGAUUUCCACGAACCAUCUGGAUUACAAAUCAUGAUCACUCACUCUCUCUCACCUAUUCUCUUCGUCAAGUCAAAGAGCACAUCAAUGUGUUUUGUAUGCUCUGCUAUGAAAAGGUGAAGACAAAGUAUGCAGCCUAUUAUUGUCAAGAAUGUGGUUACAUGGCCCACUUGGCCUGUGCAUUUGAAUAUAAAAAAAGUGCACAUCUCAUGUGGCUGCCUGAGAAAUCCAUUGAUUUAGCAACUAAUGUUACAGAAGAGGUUGAAGGGGCUGAGAAGAUACAACAUUUUAGCCAUCACCAUGAUUUAAUUCUUAGCAAUAAGGAGCUCGUGGAAGAUAUACUUUGUGAUGGCAAAUAUUCACACUUUAAGUUUGGAAAGUAUACUUUCACAUUCAAAGAUGAACACCAACACCCUCUCACUUUUGUCCCAAAGACUAAGUCCUAUUCUCCGUGUGAUGCUUGUGGUGAGACUUUCAAUGGCAUGGCCCUAGAAUGCACUCAAUGCAAAUUUAAUGUCCACGACUCUCAUUCGUGUGUCAACAAAAUAACGGAGAAAAUCACUUCGAAGUGA